AUGCUCGUCGACAAUCUCCGGCACAACCACCAGCACCACGGCCAUGGCCACCAACCCUGGGAUGUCGCCGACAUUCUCCACUCUGACUUGUUCUCCGCCAACAACCAGGCCAACUCUUCCAAUCCAGCCUCGACGCCUAGCCUGACUUCCCCCUCUUCAAUGUCCGCCUCGAGCAGCCCCUCCUCGCGCGAGCCCACCCCGCUCCCCACUCCCCCCAACCACUCCCUCGGCGAGCGCUUCCCAGAAGGCGCAUCAUCAUCCACCGCUGGGCCCUCAUCAGCAUCAUCAUCCUCAAAUCCUUUGUCCGCCUCCACCUCCUCGUCUGCCUCCAGCAACACCGCCACCCAAUCCCGCGUCGCAGUCGCCUCGAACGACGACUCUGACGAUCUCUUUGGCUUCCUCGAUUCCGGCAUCGACGACCCCAUGAGUCUCAGCACCAUGAGCGGCGUCAAGGGUUUCGACGGCGCGCCCUUUGGCAUGGGCGACCAGGAUGCUUUUGGGUCGUUCAUGACGGGUUUGGAGGAGAGCUAUGGCGCAUCGACUGCGAGUAGCUCUGGUUCUGCGCCAUCCAACUCGAGUGGCGGCGCAAAUAGUGGCGGUGGUGGAUAUGCGCCGUUUGGGUUUGGAGGGAUGGAGUUGGAUGGGAUGGGUGGUAUGAUGGGCAUGGGCAUGGAUAUGAACAUGAUGUCCGCGAUGGGCAUCGGUAUGGACGCCAUGAUCCAGGACAAUAUCAACAUGGAUCUCAACCCUAUCGGCAUCAACCCACAACUCGUCGACUCGCCCGCGCCUCUAGUCGCGAUGAAUGAAGAGGCUGAAGGCGAGGAGGAGGAAGAAGAGGAAGAAGAAGGGAGCGAUGAUGACAUGGGCGAGGAAACCGCUCGCUCGACGAGAGGAAGAAGAGCAGCGUCGAGGGGUGCUCGUGCGAAAAAAACAACUGCCCCUUCACCACCCACGACCACUAGGCGCAGCGCGCGCAAGGCCGCUGUGUCUGCCGCAUCUUCGCCCGCAUCGGCUCCUUCUCCACCCGGCACCAAACAAUCGCCCUCUGACUCUGAGAAGGAAAAGCUCACUCUCACCAUCGCGCCUGUCAAGGUUGGUGGGCGAGGCACUGCCUUGGGUCGACGCGGCACAGUUCUUAGCGGUGGAGUCGUCAAACGUAGCGCCGCCGCCUCUGCUAGCACCUCGAGUAGCGCACUUGGCCUCAUUGGAGCAUCAGCCCCUGUCGUCACCGGCGAUAAGGAGAACACCGCGUCCUCUCCCGCUCCCGAGAAGAAGCGAGGUAGGAAAGCUGCCACCGCUGCAACCAACUCGUCCCAAUCCGCCAAGAAGGGAAGGAAAGCUGCGACUGCCGCCGUUGAAGAACCGCAGCAGCAGCAACUGCCUGCUGCGGUCCCAACUACUGUCACCGCGCCCGUCAUCGCUGCCGGUGCUGGUCCUAAUCUCGAGGCACCGGCCCCUGUGACGACGAUGCCUCCUUCCAAUGUACCCACAUCUACUGUUCCUGUUCAUACCCGCACCCCAUCGACAUCAUCAACGCCAACGACUACUAUCCCUCGGCCACCGGUCCAGCACGGCAUUCCACAUUCAUCUUCAGGUCUCGGCAUCGUUCCUCCCCCACUUCCCAACGGCCAACGCAACCUCACACCAGUUGAUCUGGGUAUCGGCAAAAAGUUUGCAUUUGCGAUUCCUAUGGGGACAUUUAGCGGUGGUGUUACGGGCGUCGUGCCCAACUCUGCCGCUGCUGUGUCUUCAUCGACUGCAUCUCCCACUGCCAACGCUAGUGCAGGUACUACCGCCAUGGUCGGCGGUACCACCACAGGCGCCUCGACGCCUUCACAAGCAAGGGGUAUGAGCGAGUUUGGUGAUGAUGAGUUUGAGGAUAUGGUUAAUGAGGGUGGUCACCCUGGUUUAGGUUUAGGUUCUACUUCUGCUUCUGCGACCCCUGGUUCCGGGAAUGCUGUUUCGGGUAUGGAUGCUGCUGGAGGGCAGUCUGCGGAUUGGAGGCCUAGUCCUGAAGUCUUUGCCAAGAUGACAAGUAAGGAGAAGAGGCAGUUGAGGAAUAAGAUUAGUGCGAGGAAUUUUAGGGUUAGGAGGAAGGAGUACAUCUCGACACUUGAAGGCGAUAUCGCCGAGCGCGACAGGUUGUUGGAGGCUAUCCGGACCGAGUUGGGAAGUAGCAGGAGUGAGAAUCUGGCGUUAAGGAGGGAGGUUGAGAAUUUGAAGAGGGUGUUGUUGGAGGGUCGGGGGUUGCCUCUUGAUUCUCUCCAAUCGUCUACGGCGUCUGCCUCGACCUCGAUGACGAUGACGACGACGACGGGUGGUCAGACUACGAUUGAAGGUUUGGACCUCCCCCCUCCUGCACCGCUUCCGGAGAAGAGUGCAGCGGAGGUGUUGGCUGCGCAGGCUGCUGCCUCUGCCUCCUCGACGACGACUCCCAAUGCGAAUGCAAACAACAACGCCAACGCCAACGUCGUAAAGCCGAAUACGCAAAAGGAUUUACCUACUUCGCCGAGACUUGGUGGAGGGCACCACCAUCAGUCGUUCUGGGGUGGGAGUCAUGGUGGGAAUGGGAUGGGUAUGUUUGGAGGGAAUGGGGUUACUGCUGUGCAUGCUACGUUUGUUCCUGCGCCUCAGUGGGGCGGUUUACCUGGGCUUUCGGCUUCGUCGCCGUCGUCGUCGCCUCUGUAUCCCGCGAAUUCGAUGUCGUCUUCACCCACGAAUUCGGCGCCCUUCUUGCCAGGCUCGAUGCCGUCGAUUCCGGGUAUCACGCCUACGCCUGCUGCUGCCAAGGUUGGGCUUGGGUUGGGGUACGGUGGGUUGCAGGAGAAUAUGAAUCCGUUGUUGAGAGGGUUUGGUGGUGGGUAUGGUGGUGAGAGGAAUAGUAGGAGGGUUAGGGGUAAUGAGAGUGAUACCGAGGAUGAAGAAGACGAGAGGGAACGAGAGAGGCCGAGUACCCAUUCCUUCGACGGCUUUGCGGAUGCGAAUAUGUUUACUAUGAAGAAUUUGGAUGCGUACCGGAUGCAUCUCUGGGGCAAGAUGGCUGCGCAGUACCAUCACCACCAGGCUUCGCAGCAGCAAGCGACGCAGUACCAGCAGAAUAUGUUUUUGGCGCAGCAGCAGGCUCAGCAGGUUGCGAACCAGCAGCAGCAUCAGCUAUCGCAGCAUCAACAGCAGCAAUCGCAACAGCAGCAGGCGAACCAGCAGCUUACGGGUCUGGCAGCCAAGAUGCAGCGAUCGUGGUUCGUUUCUCCGCCCUCGUCGAACAGCUACGCUGCGAGUGGGGAGGGGAGGACGCCGUUUGGCAAUGUUUCGAAUACGUAUGGUGGAUCCAAUGGUUCGAACGGGUCGAAUGGCUACGGUGGACCUCUUCAUCAUUAUUCGCAUUCGCCGUUGUUGAGUGCGUUGUUGAGUGGGAAGGGUCUUGGUCUUGGUGGAGGAGUUGGAGGAGGGACGGGCUAUGGGUAUGCGAGCUUUAAGCGGCAUCCGCCUAGUAGUGUUUCGAGUCAGAACAACGAGGAUCGCUCGAAGAACGCCGAUUCCCAGGCUCAGAAGUUGAAGCAACAACAAGACGCGCAGGGGCAGAAGACGAGACAGCAGCAAGACGCACAGGCACAGAGGAUGAAGCAGCAACAGGAGCAAGCGCAAGCUGCGAUGUUGGCUGCUGUUGCUAGUCAGACUAUUCUUAGGAAGCUUGGGCAGGCGUUUUGGGAUGCGUUUUCUGGGUCUUCGUCGUCGUCGUCGGGUGUGGGUGUGGGUGGUGGAGCGCCGGGAGCGAGUGCGUUGGUUAGGCAUUUCGAGGCUCCUCGUUCUUCUUCGUCCGCUACGACCUCGAGCUCAGCUACGACAUCAUCCACUGCGGCUUCUUCUACGAACGCGAACACCAACACGAGCGCCUCGGCCGGCUGGGAUGCGGAUAAAGUCCGGAGGGUGUUGGAUGGUACGGCUGUUGUCCGUGUUGUGGAUGUUGAUCAGUUGUAUAGGUUGUAUGAGGGGGAGGGUGUUUCUGUUCCUAGUUCCUCGUCGUCUCCUUCGUCAUCUUCAUCAUCCUCAUCAUCAUCAUCUCCCUCAUCAUCAUCUUCGCCAUCGCCAUCAGAAUCGUCAACGUCAUGCGCGAGCAGGAGGUGGAGGACGAGGUCCCCUUCGAGGUCGACGAGUAAUGUGAGCAAGGGCGGGAGUAUGAGUGUUCCUGGGAGUCCUGUGAUUCGAGCUCAACAGCCGCCCACGGGUCGGGAGUGUGGUGCGAAAGCCAAGGCGUGCUGUGAGCAGUUUUCGACGAUGUUGGAGGAGAAGAUGAAGAGUCUGAGGUUGUGA